UCAGAGCUGCCUGCCUGCAGCCUUAUAGCGCCUCUUUAAGCAGAGAAACACAUUGAAGGUUGAGUUAUUCACAGAUCCAACAUGUCUUCAGACAUCCUCGCAGAGUUAGUGUUGGAGCUGGGAGAGGAGCUGCAGGAGUUCCAGGAUGUGGUGGAGGAGCUGAAAGCUCCCUCUCAGAGCAAACCUCAUGCUUACCAGCACGUCCUGCACGAGGCGAAGAGUCGCAAAGGGCAGGGGGAUGACAGCGGCRUGGACGAUUCUGAUUACAGCAGUGAGACUUCUAUGGGGAACAGUUUGAACACCAGCGAGGAGGAGCUCCACACUGCAGGCGUAACACAGACACCGAAAGCCAAGCUGGGAGACACAGACGAACUCCAGAGUUUUAUCGACAUGUUGGACCAGGAGCUCGCUGAGAUGUGAGAAGAGAUAGAGAGGGCGAGGCACCGGGCAAGAAAGUGAGAUCUACACCAGCACUGAUCAAAUGGGGCUAAUUCUUCUCUUGCUGCUUCAGGCAGGGGGAAAAAAAAAUCACGAACAAGAUUACCUUCAGAAAUUAAAAAGACACUUCAUUUUGAAAUGCAACAACAGGCUCAGGUGCCUCCGGCAAUGCCACGUCCAGCCAGCAACGUGACAUCCCUGCAGCAUCAGGUCCAAAAUGUGUGACACAUUCCACCCGAAAAUAGACAACGCCUCCAUCUGUUUAGGCUAAAUUUAUAAUUCCUAUAUACAAAGAUAGUCCUUAUUCCUCCCUGCCWUUGAAAGUCAGACUUUAGAAGUACAAAUGGCACUUUACCUUCAAAACAAAUUUAAAAUCUAAAGGCUUUAGAUCUGCUGUUUAAUGAUAAAUGUUACUUGUGUGCUGGGAUUUGCAUUGUACAUUCAUUGUUAAUAUUUUAUGUAUGUAUAUUGUUGUACAUAUUUCUGAGUUUAUAAAUAAAGCUACAUUUUGAAUACG